GAACAAAGAAAUUAUCAUAAUGGAAAACGAACAUUUGUCAUCGACAGAAAUUUCAACAGAUUGUUCGAGCAAUUCGGACAGCAUACAAAAUGUUGAUAAUCAAUGCAAAGAAAUAUUGGAUGAAGAACAGGGUAAAAAAGAUUUAGCAGAAGCUGAUUUAACAUUAGAUCUUGGAAGUGUGUUACCAAACUAUGAUCGCGUUUCUGAAAAUGAUGAUUCGUUAGAGAAACUUUCAGCUGUUCUCGAACAACCAGAAGACUUGGUGAUUUUAGAAGGUACACAAUUAGCAGAGGAUGAUCAAGAUGAUAAAGAUUUAAAUUGUAUUCUUCGGGAACGCAUAGAAUCUCUUAGUGAAGUGAUGCAAAAUUUAAAACAAGAAUUAAAAAAGGAAAUAGAACUUUGGAAGAAGGAAAGAGAAGAAUUGCAACUCUUACGUGAAAAAGAUGAUGAAUUGGCUUUGGAAGAAGCAACUGCAGCUGCACGUGCAGCUGCAGCAGCUUAUGCAGCUGAAUCACCAUUAUCUAACAAUUUAGGAGAUCUUUUAGAUAUUACUUCUGAGGAUACGUUUAGAGAAUUGACAAUACUUGAAUAUGAAAAAAGGUUAGCUAAAUAUCAAGAUGAAUAUUCCUUUAGUCAAGCAGAGAAACGAUACAAUGCUCGAUGGAAAAUGGUUGCAAACGCAUAUAAACAAAAAUUGAUGGAAGUAGAACGACUUUGUAACGAAGAAUUGGAAAAGGUUAAAAAAAAUGUGAAUCAUUUACAACCACUUAAAGAAAUGAUAUCUCAAUGGUAUACUGACGAAGAAAAUCAUGGUGAUUCAAUCAAAAGAACUGAUUUUGUUGCAAAUACACAAAAAAUCAAUACUUUCAAUGAAAAUAAUACGCGUAAUAGUCACAUAUUUCAAAAGAUCGAUGCAGAAGUUAAUAUGGCGCCAGAAAUAUUCGUUGCUCGAUUUAAAUCCGAUGAUUUUACAAAAAUGGAUAAAUUUUAUGGAUAAUUAUAUUUUUUUUCAUAUCUAUUGAAAUAUUAUAUUUUCACUAUAUAUUUAAUAUAUAUUUACUUAUAUUAUGUAUGUGUAACAUUUUAGAAUUGUAAAAAAAAUUAGCAUAAAUUUUAAAUUUAAAUUUUGGAUAACAUUUUAAGUGAAUAAAUUAUUUAUUACUAAAAAGUA